GUUUCAAUUUCUGAAAGCAUUUCUCUUAGACAGAGAAAUGGCCAGCAUCACGAUCCAGCCGUACUUCGAAGAGCUUGCGGAAGACAAGAACAAAGAGCGCUACGUUGAACUUCCACUCUGCAUGAUUCGACAAAAAUAUGAUGGGAUUCCUGGCGGGGACAAGUUUGGGCAGAAUCUGAUUUCCAGCCAGAAAGGAAGGAAACACCCACAAUAUGAUGAUGAUGAGUGGAAGAUCUACAAACUCUUUGAUCAAGUUGCCAUCACGAGUGCCUGGGCUUUGUUACUCAUGUCUUGGCUGGGCCCCAUUGCGCGUGCCCCCUGCUGUGACCCUUGCGUUUUCAAUUCAGGUACAACCACAAGCCCUAUAGUAGUCUUUAUGGAAACCCGGGAUCCCAGGUGCGAAUAUCACGAGAAGUGGGACACGUACGCAAGCUUCGGUGGCUCCGUCUCGGAACCGUGCAGAGCGGGCUGCAAUUGCAGAAACAUUAGAGGCCAAGGCAGCAGCAAUGUGCAGACCGAGCUCGAGCGACAGCAACAACACCAAGAAGAGGGAAGCCAAAACGAAGAAGGCUGGGUUCAUGAUAUUUUUUGCGUUUGA